UUCUAGACAAUUUAGUUUAUUGACGUAAACAGCUAUAUUUAUAAGUCUGGUAACUAAAGAAAAUCUACCUAGAGUUAUAAUAAAAAACAUACAACAUACACGAUGUCACGUUCCGUUAUUCCCAACCCGUUCGAGGUUAUCGGGGUACACCAAAACUCAUCCAAAAAUCCAUCCAACAGAAUACCGGUUAUGGAUAGGAUUAUGAACGUACCUAAACCGAAUGAUCCGUUCCUUUGCCAAGUGUCGGAGUUCUAUCAUCCGAUGUUCGUCAGUCCCGACUGGAAAGGCCGGUAUUUUGACCACCUGCUCAACCUACCAGUCGAAGACUACGGCGGCCAGACCGAUUUCAUGGGUUGGCUUUUCCCGCUGCCGGAGCGGAUUGGAGCCGAGUCUUCGCCCGAGGUGGCCGCGCCUAUCUUGGACGAGCUGACAUAUAUGUACAUGCGCGGGUCUGAAUCCAUAGGCCAAAACCUGAAGCUUGCCCUCAUUCGUAUGCUCGACAUAUAUGGUUUCAACAUCCGGUAUUGUAAACGCGGCGCUGUCGAGGACCCCGUUAUAACCGAAGUUAGUGGCGGGACUGACAAGUUUCGAUUCUGGGGAGCUACGUAUUCCCAUCAUCAUCAGCGUAUAGCCCGCAUCAUCAGAAGCACCCGCAUCCUUGGCUACGAGACUAUAGGGGCGGCCGUGAUGCGCGCAUUCGUGAAAGCCGUUCAUGAUUGGGACCUAUUCGGGAACUGGCCUUAUGAAACGGCGGUUACGGUUCUAGACAGCUGGAAACGAGCUGGGGAGUCGCCAUUAGAAGUCGCGUGGGAUGGCAAGAUUUAUGCCCCAUGGCUGUCAAAAUACCAGAAUUCUACGCUGUAGUAAGAUAGCUUCCUAACCUAACGUACGUAGGGAAUUGUAAUCCUUGCUGAGAUUUUCUAACCUACAUGAUUUAAUGUUAAUAGAAGAAAGGUACCUACCUAGGUAUCCAGGUUAGUAGCGGGAGUGUAUCAAGCUACAGAAGGCACAUGAAAUACAUUUGAUUUCAGAGGUCUUUGAAAAUAAUAGGUAUCUUAUACUACAUAUGCUGCCUAGGUAGUUAUAAUAAAUACCAAUGAUCUUAUUGUUACCUUGUGUGUGUUUAUUUAUUGGGUAACUACCGGGUGUAUAUGAGGUAUUUGUAGUUAGUGUAUAAGAGUUGUCGUGUUUUGCUCCUCUUCAUCGAAGUUGACAUCAUUGUGCAAACGGAAGAAAGGAAUGGACGAAUGGCAGAGCAUGCAUGUCGCGAUAAACGAAACUAGGUUGGCUAUUGGUUGGAAGU